AUGUCUAAAAGCUUGAAGAAGAAAAACCACUGGACCAACAAAGUUCAUGAAAUUGUCUUCAGCCGAGAUAAGGAAGGCAAGCUUGGGUUCGAGCUUAAGGGAGGCGCGGAGAAUGGACAGUUCCCUUUCAUCGGGGAGGUGAGAGUGGGCCAGGUGGCGUGCCACAGUGGCAAACUUUCCCAGGACGAGCUACUUCUUGAGGUCAAUGACACUCCAGUGGCCGGACUAACUAUUAGGGAUGUUCUCGCUGUGGUUAGACAUUGCAAAGACCCCGUCCGCCUCAAAUGUGUUAAACAAGGAGGUGUGGUGGACAAAGACCUCAGACACUACCUCAGCCUUCGUUUCCAGAAGGGCUCACUGGACCACGAACUGCAGCAGAUCAUUCGGGACAACCUGUACCUCCGCACUGUGCCCUGUACAACCAGGCAGCCUAAGGAGGGAGAGGUCCCAGGAGUGGAUUAUAACUUCGUCACUGUUGAUCGGUUUAUGGAAUUGGAGAAAAGUGGGGCCUUAUUAGAGAGUGGAACAUAUGAAGAUAACUUUUAUGGCACGCCCAAGCCCCCAGCUGAGCCAACUCCGCUGCUGCUAAAUGUAACGGAUCAGAUCCUGUCGGGUGCCAGACCCAGUUCUGAGGGCAAACGGAAACGGAAUAAGUCAGUGAGCGACAUGGAGAAGGCUGGCAUUGAUCCUCCAGAGGAAGAAGAGGAGGAGAGACCCAUUGUAAAUGGCAAUGGAGUGGCCAUCACCCCAGAAUCAAGUGAACAUGAGGAUAAAAGUACAGAUGCCUCUGGAGAGAUGGCACCUGUGGCCCCAGCUGAAACCCCCUCAGAUGCCCUUAAAGAAGAAUCCCCAAAGUCCAUCCCAAAACCAGAUGAAAAUGAUGACUUGGGCCCUCUGCCAGACAACUGGGAAAUGGCCUACACAGAGAAGGGAGAGGUCUACUUUAUCGAUCACAAUACAAAGACCACAUCAUGGCUGGAUCCACGGCUAGCAAAGAAGGCCAAGCCACCGGAAGAAUGCAAAGAGGAUGAGCUUCCCUAUGGCUGGGAGAAAAUCGAUGACCCUAUUUAUGGCAGUUACUAUGUCGACCAUAUAAACCGACGGACCCAGUUUGAGAACCCUGUUCUGGAGGCGAAGAGGAGACUCCAACAGCAGCAGCAAAUGCAAACCCAGGGCUUGUCGUCCUUGCCUCUGCCUACAAUCUACAGAGAGAAACCGCUGUUCACACGGGAUGCCACGCAGCUGAAAGGUACCUUCCUGUCCACGGCACUACAGAAGAGCAACAUGGGCUUUGGUUUUACCAUCAUCGGAGGAGACGAACCAGAUGAGUUCCUGCAAGUAAAGAGUGUCAUCCCUGAUGGCCCAGCUGCACAGGAUGGCAAAAUGGCCACAGGUGACGUCAUCGUCUACAUCAACGACGUGUGUGUGCUGGGCACCACUCAUGCUGACGUUGUCAAGCUCUUCCAGUCCGUUCCUAUUGGGCAGAGUGUGACGUUGGUAUUGUGCCGCGGCUACCCGCUGCCCUAUGACCCUGAAGACCCAGCCAGCAGCCUCAUCUCACCCAUGGGCCUGAUGGAGCGCCCCCUGAUGGUCAACGGUCGAAACAGCUACGACAACUACAUGGAGUAUAUCACUCGCACCGCACGCUUUGUCCAGGACCACAGAGACCACCUCCAGCAGCAACCACAGGCCCACCCCGGCGACACCCACCUGGAUGGCUCGCUCCCGCCCAACGCCGGGCUGCACGAGGACAGCGUCUCCAUGGCGUCGUCGGGGGCGAUGCAAAGCGAGCUGCUGACAGUCACAAUGGUGAAGGGGGCAGACGGAUUUGGCUUCACCAUUGCAGACAGUCCAACAGGUCAGCGUGUGAAGCAGGUACUGGAGCCACUGGGCUGCCCAGGCCUGUGUGAGGGAGACCUUAUCAUGGAGAUCAACCAGCAGCCAGUGCAGGGCCUGUCCCACACGCAGGUGGUGGAAUUGCUGAAAGAGUGUGCCGUGGGUGCCGAGACCACUCUCGUUAUCCAGAGGGGAGGGACAGGUCAGUUUUCCCCCUGGAAGACCUCUAAACAGGUCCUGGAGCUGUGGGAAAACCAGGGCAGCCCCCACACCAGCCUGUCUGUCCCUGUCCUCCCCCACAGUGCCCCCUUCCCAACACACCACCUGCACAGGGGCUCUGUCCCAGACUAUGCUGAGGGCUUUGAUCUGAACAACCCUGAGCCCUAUGCCCUUUAUGAGAAGUCCAGGGCUAUCUUUGAGAGUAGGCAGUCCGGCCCCUCACGGACAGUCUACCCCGGUGAUCCUCCUGCAGGAGCAGAGUACCAGGAGGUGGAGGUUCACCUGCGCAGGCAGAAGUCUGGCUUUGGCUUCCGGAUCCUGGGGGGCGAUGAGGCCGGCCAGCCUAUCCUGAUUGGCGCUAUCAUAGAGAAAAGCCCAGCAGACAGGGAUGGCCGUCUGCGGCCUGGCGACGAGCUCCUGUUUGUGGACGGGAUCCCAGUGGCAGGAAAACCCCAUCGUUAUGUCAUCGACCUGAUGCAUGGGGCAGCACGCAAUGGCCAGGUCAACCUGACAGUUAGGAGACGGAUACAGGGUACAGGUGAGCCGUGUCCAGAGAAUGGCCGCAGCCCGGGCUCUGUGUCCACUCAGCACAGCUCCCCCAGAAGCGACUUUGCUUCCGGAACCCUCCCCAACAACAUAACCGCUGCACAGAACUCCUCUGCCACAGGCUCCUCCCCUCCAGAGGCUGCAGCCACUCAGAACAUGCAGGCCAGUGACGUCAUCAUCAGCCGCAAGGAGAGUGAAGGCUUUGGAUUUGUCAUCAUCAGCUCCUUGAACCGACCUGAAAGCAAUGCCACUAUCACUGUGCCUCAUAAGAUUGGCCGUAUCAUUGAGGGCAGUCCAGCAGAUCGCUGUGGUAAGCUGAAGGUGGGAGACCGUAUUCUCGCUGUCAACAAUCAGUCCAUAGUCAGCAUGCCACAUGCAGACAUUGUUAAACUCAUCAAAGAUGCUGGGCUUAGCGUCACGCUGCGAAUCAUCCCACAGGAAGAGCUUAACGGCCCUCCCUCGGCAACAAGCUCAGAGAAACAGAGUCCUAUGGCCCAGCAGCACAUAACCCAGUCCACUCCAGUAACACAACCCAACCCAGCAGCCCAGCCCACCCCAGUAACGCAACAAAGCCCAGCCAGCCAGCCCCCUGCACCGCCUGUGCAGAUAUAUGCUUAUGACAGCAGCUACAGGUCAGAGGUGAAGGCGCGACAGGAUGUGAAACCGGAUAUUCGGCAGCCCCCGUUUACCGACUACAGGCAGCCCCCAGUAGACUACAGGCACCCUCCUGUGGCUGACUAUCGCCAGCCCCCCACGCUAGACUACAGACACCCACCUCUGCUAGACUACAGACAACUGUCCACUGAUGCCCGACAGUUCCCCAUACCAGAGUACAGACAGCCACAGGAUUUUGACUUCUUCACUGUGGAGCUGGAGAAGAGUGUGAAAGGCUUUGGCUUCAGUAUUCGUGGAGGGCGGGAAUACAAAAUGGACCUUUUUGUGCUGCGAUUGGCCGAAGACGGACCAGCCAUUCGCAAUGGUAGAAUGAGGGUAGGAGACCAGAUCAUUGAGAUCAAUGGAGAAACUACAAGGGAUAUGACUCAUGCGCGUGCCAUCGAGUUGAUUAAGUCAGGGGGACGAAGGGUGCGUCUGCUUCUGAAAAGGGGCACGGGCCAGGUGCCUGAGUAUGCAGACAGUCCAGCCCCCUGGGAUACUCGCCCUACAGCCUCCCCAAGCCUGUCGGAAGUAGCCUUGCCCCUUGACAGCCUGACGAGUCCAUCACCUUCAUCCCAUCUGAGUCCACCCUCGGAUCUGCCUCACCCAUUGCCCCUGGAGGCAGCGGUGCCAGAGAACAUGCAGAACCCACAGGGGCUGGAGCCAAGAAGCCCAGAACAAGUCAGUACAGGGAAAAGGAAGGCACAGUCUAGUGGGGCUAGCGGCAGCAGCAGAGCCAAACAGAGAGAGGGUGGCAGGUCCACCCGCCAAGGCAGCGGGGUCAAGGGGCAAAAGUCUGAUGAAGGAGAUGGGGAGCCUGUGGAGCUUAAACCCUCCAAAAGUGGUCGUGGGAGAUCCAAGGAACGUAGGGGAGAGAAAAGCAGCAUGCCAUCCAGAAAAAGAGAGCCCACCCAUUCGCCCGAAACCUCCAAGACCCCCCAUCCAGAUGCCAGCAUGAACAGGGGCAACGGCAACCUGGAUGGUGCCACUAUCUUACCAGGGGUCCCUGCACAGCUGAAAGCCCAGCCCAGAGAGCCUGAGAAAGGUCCUGGAGAAAGCCGGCCCAGCCGCACUUCCAAGAACACCACCAGCAGUCGCAGCAGUGCAUCAGGGAGGAAAUCCACUGUGUCUCCAGGACCAUGGAAGAUUCCCGGCUCCGACAAGCUCCCCAGCACCCUGCGCUCUGGGUCCUCCACUGUGAGCAGAUAACACCUGAGGCCUGAUGCAUAGAGGCCUGUUUUGAAUCUUAACUAAGUCCAACCUUGACCAC